AUGGAGGAGUCUAAACAUCAGUUGAUCAAACGGAACUCCAAACCAUCUUUCAAAAUCAAAUUCGAAUCCAAAUUCUUCUGUAAUAUUUCCAACGCAAAUCCUUAUUCUAUUUCCAGCUGCGCUGAAAAGGAGGCAUCCGAUCUUGGAGCAUCGCUUCAGGAACUGCUCGACGAACAAUCCCUUCAUCGCAACAUGAUUGCAAAGAAAUUUCACGAGAAACGAAGUGCAGACGAGUUGCCACCCCGACGCAAGCGCUCCAUUCGACAACAUCCAACAGUUCAUCUUCAAAAAUCAAACAAGAACCCGUAUCUGCAGGGUGAAGUGCUGAAGACGGUUUCGAAGAAGGACGGCAGAAACGUUUGGUAG